CAAUUUUCCAGGAGGGUCACUUCUGUUUUUAAAGGGAAACAAACAAACAAAAAGAGGAACUAAAUCAUGUGCACAUCAGGUUUUUUCCACACUGCCAGCAGUGAAGGAGGAGUAUGUAAGGACACAUCUCUUGCAGCUGCUGUGCUGGGAGAGUUCUGGGCUACUAGGACUGGACUAGAUGGAGCCCUGGUGAUCAGCCUCUUACACACAUUUUAUCAUCAUGUUGGCAGAAGGCAUCUUAGCUCAACUCAUAUAUCAAGAAAGCUGUCGUCAAGAUAAGCCUCCCAAGUCUCAGCCAUCCAAAAGGGAUCAAGAGGGAAUCUGGAGAGAGAAACUUGUCGACAACCCCAAAAUUAAAGGGUUUGCUGAUGGACCUGAGAAGCAGGAUGAGUUCUCUGCCGGAAGUAGCAAAAUGGAGCCUGGGCACGGCGCUCAGUGGAGAGGCACAGAGGAGGCACCUGCAGAAGAUCAGAAAGUGCCAGUUAAAGGAACCAUUUCAACACCUUUGCACAUCCCCAAACGAGAGCAAAGUCUUCAGCAGAUGGAUUUGUACAGAUCCUGCUCGUGCAUCAGCAUUUAUCAGAACUAUCCUGACCUGCACAUCAGGGGAGACCGGGUGGGGGAUUCAGGUUGUGUUUUGGACCACGUCUGUGAUGAGCUUGCUGAAGGUCCUGUUUUGCUGUCUGCAGAUAUCCCUCCAGGUGAAUCCCCCCUGUGUGAGCAUCCCCAAAAGCCACCUGUAAAGUCCCUGUCUGGAGAGGAAGCUGGAGAAAAGAGCAUCAUGCUCUGGGAGGAGCCUCUCUCAAACUCCAUGCUCAACAAGUACAUGGAAACUAAAGUGGCAGAGCUUUAUAAGCAGCUUUUUGAAGAAAACUUGGCCAGGUGUGGUUCUGUCACAAACCUCCUUGGGUGCAGUUGGAUAAGGAAUAACCUGAACCAGAUCAGCUUUCAGCUCUCCCAGGAGCAGAACAUAGAAGCAUCAAAAGCCAGAGAAGUGCUCUUGCACUCUUUAGCUUUGUUCAGUUUGUGUAAAACUGGUAAUAAUAAUAGAAACAGCUCUGAGUUCAGUACUCCAGACUUACAGAUCUCCAACCCAGCCUGUGUGAGGAGGAGCUGCAGGAUGCAGCUGCCAUCCUGACUGAUCUGCUGAGCUGGGGAGGUGAAUCACAUCUGGGUACAAAUUAUUUCCUCCAAGGAUUAAGCAGGGAAGUGGAAAUAUUUACACACUACAGACUUUUUCAAAUAAAUAUUUUAAGGCUUAAACCAUGCUUUGUUAGCAGAGGAAGUCAAGUCAGUGUUUCCUUUUUUUCUAAUAUGGAAUUUGAAGGAAUUUCUCUCAAAACUGCUAGUGAGCUCUGGUUUUAUAAUGCACCUGUCCUCCUCCUAAGACUUAAGCUUUAGGAAUAAUUGCACUCAAAUCCCAUCAGAUUUCCUCCUGCAAGAAAAAUCAGUCCAGGUGUAUGCUGGUAAAACUUUCCUCUAAGACACUGAUCAACCCUCCAGCCCCUCAGGAAAAAAACCAAAUUGUCUUUGAUGGACUUUGGAUUGGGCUGCAUGCUUGAAGCCAAACUUUUGGACAUCCAAGGUCAGAUUUUGCUCCAGCAAAGCUUGAACACAUUGGCUAAGGAAUCAGCAGAUGGAGAUGUUCAGGACUCUGGAUUCUUUUGUAUAUCCCUCAUCUCUGAUCCCUGCAUGCAGACUCUGCUAUUGCAGAUGUGCUCCUUACUGCACCAUGAAAAGACAGGUGAAGGAGCUGAUCAAGACUGUCCAAGCAUUUAAUUUUCUGUGAAAAGAUGGUUUCCUUUUAAAUAAAUCUUUACCUCUU